CGGGGAGGCGGGGGGAGGCGGGAGCCCGGCCGCCUGUGCUCCGGGUCCGCCUCUGACUGCGGCGCGGCGGGGCGAUGUGUGAUUACCAUGGCGAGGAGUCUCUGUCCGGGGGCCUGGCUAAGAAAACCUUAUUACCUCCAGGCUCGCUUCUCUUACGUGCGGAUGAAAUAUCUCUUCUUUUCCUGGCUGGCAGUUUUUAUUGGAAGCUGGAUUAUAUAUGUGCAAUAUUCUACCUACACAGAGCUCUGCAGGGGAAAGGAUUGUAAGAAAAUUAUUUGUGACAAGUAUAAAACUGGUGUAAUUGAUGGGCCUGCGUGCAAUAGCCUUUGUGUUACAGAAACUCUUUAUUUUGGAAAAUGCUUAUCAACCAAGCCCAACAAUCAGAUGUAUUUAGGGAUUUGGGAUAACCUGCCUGGUGUGGUUAAAUGUCAAAUGGAACAAGCUCUUCAUCUUGACUUUGGAACUGAAUUGGAACCAAGAAAAGAAGUAGUUCUAUUUGAUAAACCAACUAGGGGAACAACUGUACAGAAAUUUAAGGAAAUGGUCUAUAGUCUUUUUAAAGCCAAGUUAGGUGAUCAGGGAAACCUCUCUGAACUGGUUAAUCUCAUCUUGACGGUGGCUGAUGGAGACAAAGAUGGCCAGGUUUCCUUGGGAGAAGCAAAGUCAGCCUGGGCCCUUCUCCAAUUAAAUGAGUUUCUUCUUAUGGUAAUACUUCAAGAUAAGGAACACACCCCCAAAUUAAUGGGGUUCUGUGGUGAUCUCUAUGUGAUGGAAAGUGUUGAAUAUACCUCUCUUUAUGGAAUAAGCCUUCCAUGGGUCAUCGAACUUUUUAUUCCAUCUGGAUUCAGAAGAAGCAUGGAUCAGUUGUUCACACCGUCAUGGCCUAGAAAGGCUAAAAUAGCCAUAGGACUUCUAGAAUUUGUGGAAGAUGUUUUCCAUGGCCCAUAUGGAAACUUCCUUAUGUGUGACACUAGUGCCAAAAACCUAGGAUAUAAUGAUAAGUAUGAUUUAAAAAUGGUGGACAUGAGAAAAAUCGUGCCAGAGGCAAACUUGAAGGAACUUAUUAAGGACCGUCACUGUGAGUCUGAUCUGGACUGUGUCUAUGGCACGGAUUGUAGAACUAGCUGUGAUCAGAGUACAAUGAAGUGUACCUCAGAAGUGAUACAGCCAAACUUGGCAAAAGCCUGUCAGUUACUCAAAGACUACCUUCUGCGUGGUGCUCCAAGUGAAAUUCGUGAAGAAUUAGAAAAACAGCUCUAUUCAUGCAUUGCUCUCAAAGUCACAGCGCAUCAAAUGGAAAUGGAACAUUCUUUGAUACUAAAUAACCUAAAAACAUUACUGUGGAAGAAAAUUUCCUACACAAAUGACUCUUAG